UCAGCCGGUCCUUCCCGAGUCCCUUCUUGGGGUAGGGCUGGGUCAUGGUGCUAAACUCAAUCCGCGCAUUUGGGGGUUUUAUGCUGAUGUUUCGCUGUGUGUACUUAAUAUCAAGCUUAGCUCUUCCUCCCGCCAGAGCUUAUAUCAAGGCUAGGCCGAGGCUCGAUUUCCGGUGUGCCGUCCCAUUGCUUGCUCAUUUGCUACUAGAAGAGAAGACUAUUAUCCUGAUUUCUUUCUCUCUCUUCCUCUCUCUCUCCUUCCAUUACUACUCCUCAUUCCCCAUAUCCAACGGUGAUCUCGGUUGCUGAAGCAAAGCUUUGGUUGUUCCAACACAGACUAUCUCACGUCAUACAUACACAUACAUCAUCAUGGCAAACAUUGAAGCUGAAGACGCUCAGUUCCAGAAAGAGGUGCAGGAGGUUAAGCAGUGGUGGACAGAUUCCAGAUGGAGGUUUACAAGAAGGCCGUUUACGGCUGAGGAUAUUGUUUCCAAGCGAGGUAACUUGAAGAUCUCGUAUCCUAGCAACAGCCAGUCGAAGAAGCUUUGGCAGAUUGUUGAGGAGCGAUUCAAGAACAAAGAUGUCAGCUUCACAUAUGGAUGUCUUGACCCAGUCAUGGUCACACAGAUGGCAAAGUAUUUGGACACCGUUUAUGUCUCUGGAUGGCAAGCUUCGUCGACUGCCUCAUCUACGGAUGAGCCAGGUCCAGAUCUAGCGGACUACCCUUACACAACUGUACCCAACAAGGUUGGCCAUUUAUUCAUGGCACAACUCUUCCACGACCGAAAGCAACGCGAGGAGCGUCUUAGCACUGCGAAGGGCGACCGCGCCAAGCUCUCCAAUAUCGACUAUCUGCGGCCAAUCAUUGCCGAUGCAGAUACUGGACACGGAGGUCUUACGGCGGUCAUGAAGCUCACCAAGCUCUUCAUUGAGAAGGGUGCGGCUGGCAUACACAUUGAGGAUCAAGCACCAGGAACAAAGAAGUGCGGACACAUGGCCGGAAAGGUUUUGGUACCUAUCAGCGAGCACAUCAACCGCUUGGUAGCUAUCAGAGCUCAGGCAGACAUUAUGGGCACCGAUCUACUUGCUGUCGCACGUACCGACUCAGAAGCCGCUACUCUCAUCACUUCCACCAUUGACCCACGCGACCACCACUAUAUUCUGGGCUGCACCAAUCCUACACUCCAGCCUCUGAGCGAGCUCAUGUACGCCGCCGAACAAGCUGGAAAGAGCGGUGCUCAACUUCAAGCCAUCGAAGACGCCUGGAUCAAGGAUGCCAACCUUAAGCUCUUCCACGAGGCUGUAAUCGAUACCAUCAACGCUGGCGCACAUGCCAACAAGCAAGGUCUGAUCAACGAGUUCCUGGAGAAGAGCAAAGGCAAGAGCAACUUCGAAGCACGUGCCAUUGCCACUAAUAUUAUCGGCGUUGACGUAUACUUCAACUGGGAGGCAGCAAGGACGCGAGAAGGUUACUACAGGUACCAAGGCGGCUGCCAAACUGCCAUCAACCGCGCCAUAGCAUACGCUCCCUACUGCGACAUGAUCUGGAUGGAGUCGAAGCUACCAGAUUAUGCGCAAGCCAAAGAAUUUGCCGACGGCGUGCAUGCAGUAUGGCCUGAGCAAAAACUCGCAUACAACCUCUCGCCUUCAUUCAACUGGAAAGCCGCUAUGUCACGUGACGAGCAAGAGACAUAUAUCCAGCGUCUCUCCAAGCUCGGCUACUGCUGGCAAUUCAUCACGCUCGCUGGCCUGCACCAGAGUGCGCUCAUGGCUGAUACUUUCUCAAAGGCAUAUGCUAAGCAGGGCAUGCGUGCGUACGGUGAGAUUAUCCAGGAGCCCGAGGCGGACAACAAGGUCGAUGUUCUUACGCAUCAGAAAUGGAGUGGUGCCAACUAUGUGGACAACCUGCUCAAGAUGGUCAGUGGUGGUGUCAGCUCGACGGCUGCAAUGGGAAAGGGAGUCACGGAAGAUCAGUUCAAGUAGGUUGUUGGAGGGGUGGCUGACUACAUACCUGUUAGCAAAAGAGAUUGCUUUGUAUAUUAAAUAUACGUUUGAUUUACGCAUUGUUGCAGGCUCUUGCUUUAGUUUGGCGACCAAAAGGGUGGUAGAAAACACCACGUGCCCAAGCCUCGGUCGUUGCUCUUUGGAAAGUCGACAUGCCAAGAAGCUGGCGGAGACAUAGUUCCACACUUCCAAGGUACCGUUGUAAGCGCUAGAUGCAAGUUAAUGAAUGAUCGCGAACCAAA